GCCGCAGGCGGGACUCAGGGGGCCCAGGAAACCAGAAAUGGACUCGGUGGCCUUUGAGGAUGUUAAUAUUGAGUUCACCAUGGAGGAGUGGGCUUUCCUGAAUCCCACCCAGAAGAAACUCUACGCAGAUGUGAUGCUGGAAACCUUCUGGAACCUGGCAUCAGUAGCAUGUAUUUUAGAAGAAAAAGGUGAAGACCAUGACACUGAAGAUAAGUAUGAAUAUCAUGGGAUGAAUCUUAGCAGUCAUACGGUAGAGAGAGUCUGUACCAGGAAGGAUGGUAUUCGAUGCAGAGAAAACUUCAGCCAGAUUCCAAGUCAUAAUGAAAAGAGGGAAACUCCCACUGAAAUAAAGCAACCUAAAGUCACCUUGUGUAGGCAAAUAUUCAUGCUUUACUUAUCCUUGAAUAAUCACCUGAGCUCUCAUAUUGGACCCAACCUAUACCUGUGUCAAGAAUAUGACGAAAACCCUUAUGAAGAUACCAUGGAAUGCAUACUUGGAAGAAACCCUAAAAAUGCAAGCAAUGUGAGAAAGCCAAUUGUCAUUCCAGUUCCUUAUUAAUGCACAAAAAUUCUCAUAGUGGAGAGAAACCACAUCAAUGCAAGGAAUGUGGUAAAACCUUCAGCUUCCCAACUGGUUUUUACAGACAUGUGAAAAUAAAAUGUAUUGGUAAACACUGUUAAUGUAAAGAAUAGCCAAGAGCCUUCAUUCAUCUCUCAGCUGUGCCAUCAUGUAUGAUUUUCCAUAUUGGGGAUGGACCCUAGAAAUGUAAGAGUGUUAGAAAGCAUUUGUUUCUUACAUUUUAUUGUAAAGGAUGAAAGAACUCACUGAAGAGAAGGCCUGUCAUGUAAAGAUUGUAGAAGAGCCUUUGGCUAUCCUAGUUCUUUACCAAAUCAUGAAGGGACUCACACCCAACAAUAAGUGUACAAACAUAAGGAAUGUCGCUGAGCCUUUCUUGGACAUGUGAGAAUGCACCUGGAGAAAUAGUGUAUAUGUAGAGAGAAGGUGGGAAAGCCUUCAGCUGUCCUUUUUCCUUGGAAAGAUCAUUAAAAAAACCUCAAAGUUGAGAACUGUAUUUAAUGUAAAAAUGUAGGAAAACCUUCAUGUUGCCUUAUUGCCCCUGCAAUAAUACAAUGUGAAAAUAUACAUUGGA